UCUGCGUAGCAGACGCAAGAGAGUGAGCCUCGGCGAGGAAGUGCACUUAAGAAGACACCGAGACAAAAGAGACCAUUCAAAACAAUCCUGUGGACAGUUUUCACACAGGAUCGUAUAUGAAGGCUGCUCCAAGGGAAACAAAUACAUCGAGAGAUUUAGAGCCAUCGAUUGCCUGCUAUUGGAAUUGUGCUGUAUUAUUUCCACUUUUUUACAGCACUUUUUUUUUUUAAUCUCUGGAUAUUUCGAAAUUUACUCUUCGUUUUCAUUUUGUUGUCUAUCGCUAAGAUGAUGCGUUAACGCGUUUUUGCCGCAGCGGAUAUGUCUGACACGUCCAGAGAGCAAACGCUGGCCAAUGGCCCGGCCUCGCGGGGAAGCGGAGAGAGCGCCGGUGGCGGAGCUGUCUUGCGCUCCGGGCACUUUGACUUCCCUCAGCCGAGCGAUGGGGACCCGUUAAGGGGAGGGAUUGCCAUGUCAAAUAGUCACCAGUCGAGGUCACCGAUGUCCCGAACCUUCUCCAGGUCCUCUAGUGGCUAUUUUUCCGUCGACAGCGAUUCUAUGCCAAGUUCCCCGCUAAUGCCCAAUAUUUCCGAAGCGCAAGACGGCCAAAAUGAUGAGGUAUGGUCUGCCGAACCUAGCCACCAGCACGUGCAGAUGGCAGCACCUGUCGGAGCCAUGGGGCCGGAGAUGGCGGUCGCUCGGGAGCUGCGGCGCAUUGGAGACGAGUUCAACCGUCUGUACUGUCAGGGGGCCGGUGCAGGCGGGAACAACGCGGCCCAGCUGCGCGCUCCCAACGAACACGCCAUCAUCAUGUGGAUGAACGACCUUAUCGGACGUGUAGUACAGUUUUUCCUGCGAAGGAGAUGAUUGACACAUUGAACGCCCAGCAGACACGUAGCAGACAUGUAGCAUCGUACAUCACCCCCUCACCUGACUGUAAAUAUGUACAUAAUAAGGGAUAACAGCAGUGCUGCUCUUCCGCAACCUCUCCGGGUUUUGGCGUACAGUUUUGGACCUGUCGGGAUGUGUGCAGACCUGGACGGAUACAUAAAUCGGGAACCCUCGGCCAUCCAUAGACUGACUCACAGCAGAGUUUCCUGCGUUCACAUGGAAAGCUGAGCCAUUAGAUGCUGUGUUGACGUGGAGGUUUUUGUUGAACCCCAUGUGGAAAACGUGCCUUCAUUGCCUGUUUGCCCUUGACACAUCUCUCUUUUUUGUCUUUACCCUGUCUUUUUCUUUAUUGCUUUUAUAUUUAUUUUCACUGUAUUUAAUUUCUACAUUUUGUGUAUAAUUUCAUGAACGUGCACGUUAGUCGAUCAAGCGAUGAUAUUAGUGGUUCUGCCUGUCCCUCAUGUGUUCAUUGGCUCCAAGUUUGCACUUGCGAUUGGUUUGCAUAGUCUAUACAAAUCAGAUAGAAUAGAACAUGAUAAACCCCAAAACAGAAAAUGAAGUUGGAAUUUGAAUGAAAUUGCAAUUGAAGACAUGACUUAAAGCAUCAACAAUAUACAGAAAUUUGACCUAUACCAUUUGCAUGAUGAUUUACCUUUAGUCAGUCUUUUUCUUGGAUUUUACAUCGGAAAUGCAUUCUCACUUUGAAGCCAGAUAAUUAAAGUCCUUUUCACAUGACUCACAUUACAUCGGGAAACUUUGAAGCACCGAGCUACUGCGUUGUAACCUUUGUUACAAAUAGGAGAGACACAUUAAUAUUUAUUAGGUUAUAUGAUGUUCACUCAGUAGUCUGUAUACUGAUAUGGUCGCCGUGAUUUUGCCAAGUAAGACAUGUUCCUGCAUCAACAUCUUUAGUUGAUCCUGGAUCAACAUAACUGUCCAAAAAUAUAGACUUCACCCAAUCCCU